AUGAGUGGUCUCUUCCCAGCUGAGCAAACUGCGCAAGAAGGAAAUGUGACACCACAGCCAAGUGCAAAGAUGGUUAAAACUGUUUCUUUCCACCCAAGUGCUAAUUGCCAGGUUCCACGAAGUUCAUAUUCAAAGAAUUAUUCUAAUUUUAGUGAAAGUCUCUGGGAUUCUCAAGAGAGUAACUCAGGUUAUUUUCACGAAAAAGAUGCAGAUGUUGAUGAAGGCAUUCAACAAGGAUACUAUAAACGUCUAUACCGAUUUUAUGAGCAAUAUAACCCUCAGAAAUUAGAUCGUGUAGAAGAGUAUCUUGCAGCAUACAAAGGUAAAGAGGAACAAUUAUUUGCGAUACUUACCGGGAAAUAUGGUCCAGAACCAGAAAAUAGAGAAGUAUACCCUACAAAUUCAAUUAACGCUAGUGAAAAUGCCUCUGUAAUGCAUUAUGUGGGGAAACGGUAUAAUUUUCCUACUGUUGUAACACCGCAACAAGGAAAUACAGAUUGUGAAACUCCUUAUUGGGGUAAUACUACUCUUAUUAGUGAACAGGAUAUUUUGUAUUUACUUUCUCAUCUUGAAACUAAUAAUGAGGAACUUCAGAAAUGUUAUAUGGGUUUAUUUGCUCAACAUCCUAUAAAUUCAUGGAAUGGUAUGACGUAUGUCACACGUGCUGAGGGAGUUGCUCCAAGUGAUACACCUUUUCUAGGUCAUAUAUGGGCUGGAAGCCUUGCUAGCAAAAAAGCAAUGGUUUAUGAAGGAACUUUAUAUAAUAGAGUGGUAUUGUACUGUACCGAUGAAUGUCAACGUCGUGGAGAUCACGAACGUUGGAGAUUAAAUAUUUAUAGUAGUGACGUAAAUUCUCUUCGUCUACUUCGAGUUGUAUGGGAUCCUGUUGUUUCCCUUGAACCUCUUCCUGUGAGUCGUUCCUCUUUUUCUGUUCAUACUUCUUUGGAAGGCGCUUCUUUAAUGGGUUCGAGUGCGAGUUGUCCUGGUUUAAGGAGUAAUAGUAUUGCGGAACCAAAACAACCCGUUAUUGCUGUAACCAUGGCAAACAUUGUAGCAUCAUUGGAAAGACUUGAAAAAAAUAUAUGUGGUCGUUUGGACGCAUUAGACGCAAGAAUUUCUUCACUGGAGUCAAGAUUAGGUGAUACGAAUAGCAAUGUGUCAUCUAAUAGUAAAACGUGA